AUGGGCACGGCCGAAGCCACCGUUGCCUGCCAGGAGCCCAGCGAACGGCUGCCUCUGCUCUGCCAGCCUUCUCCUAGUACCACCUACCUGAGCCAAGAGGAGGUGGUGAAGCAGGCGAGAGCUGCCCCCUGGCAAGGGCUGCGCAUGGCCCUGCUGGGCCUGGUGGGGGCCCUCGUUGCCUGCAUGCUGGCCACUGCCCUGGUGCUCCUGCUCACGAUGCCCCGGCCAGCCCCACCGCUGACCUGGUGGCAAAAGGCUUCCUUCUACCACCUGCCGCCCACCUCUUUCCCUGACUCUGACGGCGACCGACACGGAGACCUCGAAGGUGUGAGACAUCUCUUAGACCAACUAGUAGAACUCCGCAUCCAAGCCCUUGUGCUGGGCCCUGUCCUCGAGGGAGACGGUGCCAAUUUGAGCAGGAUUUGCUCUGCCCACGGCUACCUGGAACAACUGCGGGCACUGGUGACCGAUGGACACAAGCAAGGGAUCCGAAUCCUACUGGAACUUCCAACCUGGGCAGAAGAGCUGGACCCAGUUGCUGAGGACAACGGGACAGGAGUGUACCUGAAGGAGGCGCUGCAGUUCUGGCAGGCCCAAGGAGUGAAUGGAUUCCUGGUGGCCAAGGACCCCCCCUGGCGUCUGGAUGCAGUCCUGAACGUCUGGAGUGAGCUGGGCAGACAGAGAGGGACGGAUCAGGGCGAGGAGAGAGUCCUAAUGGUCUGGGACCAGAGUGAAACCUGCAACAUUUCCCACCGGGUGCCAAGCAGGGUCAUCCUCACUUGCACCCUACCAGGAAGCGAGAGGAAUCUGACGGCUGGUGCCCUGACCCAGCGGGUGGAGGCGGCCCUGCAGAACCCCGGAGGGUCGUGGCCCGGCUGGACGGUGGCUGGGGGGCUGCCGCUGGCUGCAGAUUUGGGGGAGACGCUUGGGGUUCUACUGCUCAGCCUUCCUGGAACGCCCCUCUUGCAAGGUGGGGCAGGAUCCCCAAUUCCACUGGGCAACACUAUGAAGCCGGGCACGAACGGGCACCCUCUUACAACCCUCUACCGCUCCCUUCUGCCACUCCAUGCAAAUUCAUUUGCAUUGCAAGGUGCCAGCUUUACCCCUCUGCCCCUCACCGGCCCCUCUGAGGAUGUCUUUGUUUUUCUACGACCCGGCACCUGCUCUGGCAUUCUGGUGGUCCUGAACUUGGGCUCACAGACCCACCAGCUCAACCUGAGCCAACCCAGCUUCCCAAACCAUGCCAGGGUCCUGUUUAGCAGCCGUCCUGAGCGCCAGAGUGAAGUCAACAUGGAAGAAGUCCGGCUGGUCUCACACCAAGCUCUCUUCCUCAAAGUACACUCAAGAUAG